AAACUGUAAAAAAAAAUAGAUUCACACAAUCAGCAACAUGGCAGAAAAUUAUUACUUAGGUCUUGACUUGUCUACACAACAAUUAAAAUGCACGUUGAUAAAUGAAAACCACGACAUUGUCUUGGAAGAAGCAAUUAAUUUCGAUAAAGACUUGCCUGAAUUUGGAACCGUUCACGGUGCCAUUGUAGACGACAAUGUCGUAACCUCUCCUACUUUAAUGUGGGUCAAGGCUCUUGAUCUUUUAUUAACACGUUUAAAGGAUUCGCCAUAUGUUGGUUCUAUCCGCGGUAUUUCAGGAGCCGGCCAGCAACAUGGCAGUGUUUAUUGGAACAAGGAAGGUCUUGAACAAUUAUCUAAUCUCGAUCCUGCCAAAAGCAUGUACGAACAAUUGGAUAAUGCAUUCUCUAUUCAACAAUCACCCAUUUGGCAAGAUGCAAGCACAACUACUGAAUGCCGCGCCUUAGAAAAAUCUGUAGGUGGUGCCGAGGCCUUAGCCAAAUUAACGGGAUCAAAGGCAUAUGAAAGGUUUACAGGAAAUCAAAUCGCUAAGAUCUAUCAUAAUAAUAGAAAGGCUUAUGACGAAACUGCUCGAAUUGGUCUUGUAAGUUCAUUAUUAUCGAGUCUUUUGCUAGGAAAGUUUGGGCCAAUGGAUGCAGCAGAAGGCUCAGGUACCAAUAUGAUGGAUAUAAACUCUCAUAAAUGGGAUAGCAAACUCUUGAAGCAAUGCGGUGGGGAUGAAUUACAAGAGAAGUUGGCAGAAGAACCAGUAGAAGGUGGUGAAGCACUUGGAAAAAUCAGUGGUUAUCUCGUAAAAAGAUAUGGCUUCAAUGAGGAUUGUCGCAUUAUGCCUUUCACUGGUGACAACUCCGCCACACUUGUGUCCAUGAAUUUGAGUGAAGGUGAUUGUGUAGUAUCUCUCGGAACGUCUGAUACCGUUCUUGUAUAUCUUAAAAAGGGUGCUGCAGAACCUACAACCGAAUCACAUCUUAUGGCCCAUCCAACCGACCCUGAGGGAUUUAUGGGUAUGCUUUGUUAUAAAAAUGGAUCAUUAGCUCGAGAAUAUAUUCGUAAUUCUUACGCUAAUGGAAGCUGGGACGAGUUCAACGAGUACUUGGUUAACAAGGAGGCAAUGACCGAAGGAAAUAUUGGCUUUUACUAUUGGAUGCAAGAAAUUAUUCCAUUUGCCAAAGGAAUCUACAGAUUUGAAGAUUUAAAAGCCGUAGAGGAAUUUAAAGAUAAGACUAUCAACGUGAAGGCUAUUGUAGAAUCACAAUUUAUGUCGAUGAGAAUUAGAUUAGAACGUAUGGGUGGUAAAAGCAUCAAGCGUAUAUUGGCCUCUGGUGGUGCUGCAGCAAAUCCUAACAUUCUUCAAUUACUUUCCAAUGUCCUGGGCUUACCCGUGUAUAGACAACAAGGAAUGAAUGGAGCUAGUCUGGGCGGAGCGUUAUUAGCUAAAUUUGGCACUGUCAAAAACGCAUCAUUUGAGGAUAUGAUGGCUCAACAUCCUUCCGCUGGUUUAGAACUCAUUUGUAAACCAGAUUUGGAAAAGACCAAACAAUACAUUUCACAUGUAGGACAAUUUACAGACUUAGAAAAAAAAAUUGUUCAAUAAAAUUGUAUAAACGUAUGUACUUGUAAACAUCAUAAUAAAAU